AUGACUUCCGCCAAUCCUCACCAUGUCAUCGACGACGACGACGACGACGACGACAAUUUUGAUUGGGAAGCGGCGGCGAGAGAAAUCGACGUGGUUUACCAGACCAAGGCUUCAAAGCCCUCCUCUACUUCAGACCAAUCUUCCCAUUUUGCCCCUCCUCCCAGUAACAUUAACACCCCAGUGCAAAAUCCGAUUGCCCCAAUCCCUGGCAACAAGAAGAAGGCCGGCACUUCCCGGCAGAGCACCCUUGACAAGUUUAUCGGCAGGCCUCCACCAGAGAUUCGAGAUGUCGAAGAACGAAACCUGGAUUGUAGUGAGGGUGAUGGGAGGGUGUCCUGUGUUCCAAUUGAUGCUGAGGCAGCUAAAACUUGGAUGUACCCAGUUAAUUUUCCUCGGCGUGACUAUCAAUUUUCUAUUACCCAGACUGCAUUAUUUUCAAAUACAUUGGUGGUACUGCCAACUGGACUUGGGAAAACGCUAAUUGCUGCAGUUGUUAUGUAUAACUAUUUCAGAUGGUUCCCUAAUGGAAAAAUAGUCUUUGCUGCUCCUUCUCGACCACUUGUUGUGCAACAAAUACAAGCGUGUCAUAAUAUUGUAGGAAUACCACAGGAAUGGACAAUUGAUAUGACAGGUCAGACAAGUCCUACGAAAAGAGCUUGCUUGUGGAAAACUAAACGAGUUUUUUUUGUUACUCCACAAGUGCUGGAGAAGGACAUUCAGUCUGGCACGUGUGCAGUAGAAUUCUUGGUAUGUUUGGUGAUUGAUGAAGCUCACCGAGCAUUAGGAAACUAUUCUUACAGUGUUGCAGUUCGUGAGUUAAUGGCUGAACAAGUGCAACUGCGAAUUUUAGCUUUGAGUGCAACACCGGGAUCAAAGCAGCAGACUGUCCAGCAAGUUAUUGAUAACUUAUAUAUAUCAACACUUCAAUAUCGCAAUGAAGACGACCCUGAUGUCAAACCAUAUGUCCACAACAGGGAGGUAGAGUUGAUUCAGGUUGCAAUGGGUCAAGCUGCUGUUGAGAUAGACAAUAAGCUCUUGGAAGCAAUGCAUCCAUUUGCAUCCAGGCUUUGUGCCAUUGGAGUUCUCCCAACUCGAGACAUUCAGAAUUUAAGCCCUUGUCUAUUACUUAAUUCAAGAGAGAAAUUUCGUCAAGCACCUCCAGACCUCCCCCAAAUUAAGCCUGGAGACAUUGAAGGUUUCUUUGGAGCACUGCUUACACUUUACCACAUUCGUAAACUAAUAUCAAGCCAUGGAAUAAGGCCAGCAUAUGAAAUGCUUGAAGAAAAAUUAAAACAAGGGUCUUUUGCAAGGUAUAUGAGCAGGAAUGAAGAUAUUUGUAAAGCAAAGCUCAUAAUGCAGCAAAGUUUGUCACAUGGUGCUCCGAGUCCCAAAUUGUCCAAAAUGUUAGAAGUACUGCAUGAUCAUUUCAAAACAAAUGAUCCACAGAAAUCAAGGGUUAUAAUUUUCUCAAAUUUUCGGGGAAGUGUCAGGGACAUAAUGGAUGCAUUAGCAAACCUUGGCAAUUUAGUCAAAGCUACCCAGUUUAUUGGUCAAAGUUCAGGGAAAACAUUAAAAGGUCAGUCACAAAAAGUUCAACAAGCUGUUUUGGAGAAAUUUCGUGCUGGUGGAUACAAUGUCAUUGUUGCCACAUCUAUUGGUGAAGAAGGCCUGGAUAUUAUGGAAGUUGAUCUGGUUAUAUGCUUUGAUGCUAACGUAUCACCAUUGAGAAUGAUUCAACGCAUGGGGAGAACUGGAAGGAAGCAUGAUGGACGAGUUGUAGUUCUAGCCUGUGAAGGGUCAGAGUUGAAGGGUUACCAUCGUAAGAAAGGAAACAGUAAGAAUAUGAUGAAACACAUGCGAAAUGGGGGAAUAAAUAGCUUCAAUUUCCAUUCUAGUCCAAGGAUGAUUCCUCAUAUUUUCAAACCUGAAGUCCAGUUUCUUCAGUUUUCAGUUGAACAAUUUAUUCGUCGUGGAAAGAAAGUUAUUGAUGAUAACAUUGUUCAGACACCUGUGAUCUCAGAAACGUUAACUGUAGCUGAGACUAACUUAAUUGCCAAGUAUUUCCACCCUCAUGGACUUACAUGGAAGCCGUCUCUUAUUGCCUUUCCUCACGUUCAAACGUAUCCGUCAAGAGUGUAUAAAGUAAUGCAUUCACGUCGGACAACAAUGCUGAUUGAUAUGAUGCAAUGUUUGCAAGGACUAACGUUUUCUAGGGACAGCAAUAUCUCCCUUGUUGAGGAUGAAUUCUAUGUAAAGGGAAUUGACACUACUGAGCAACAUGUCAUUGACAGUGCUGAACAUCAUGAGAACAACAGACAAGGUUUUCUGAAUCUUGAUGAUUCUUUAGAGAAACAGUCGGAAAGAAAAGUACUGGAUUCUGAAUUAUCACCUACUAGUACAUUGAAAACCAAGGAGAAGCAUUACAAACUUAAUUUCCCUGGUGAAAAUCCUUAUGAGCACUCUUACCUCUUUGAUUCAGAUGUUGUAAAUGUGGAUGCUUCCGGAAAGGUCUUAAUCAUGUCUGUUCCUGUAUUUCGAUGGAAAGACUUAUCACAUUCCAUGUUCACAAGUGAAAGUAGUAUGAAGUUGGAUAGCUUGAAGCAAAAUUCUUACCAUGGAAGGACGUCAGAUGAAGACCACACAGAACUAGCUACUCAAGGUGGUGCCAGUGGAGAUGUUAAAACUAUUCAGAUGAAAAGCAUAAAGUAUGAGAAUUCACUUAGCUCUAGAUUGUGCAAGUCCGAAAUCUGGAUGGAGAAAACAUUGAAUGGGGCCGAAAAAAUUCCUCGAACUACAAUUUUGAAGGGAGAUUUGUUAAGUAAAGGAGAUAGUGUUUCCGACACACCUGAUGUUCUGGAAAACAAGGCAUCAUUGUUGCUCACAGAUGAAGACAAUGGUAUUUCGAGAGAUGGUGAGCUCAGUCCACGGCUUACUAAUUUAAUGGAAAGUGGAGUUGUUCCAGAGUCUCCUAUCAACACUAGCGGACUAUCAAAUAACUCAAAUGAGUAUGCAGUUCCUGUCCCUGUUUCACCUGCCCAGUUACAUCCUGCAAAUAGAGAAAAAGUAAGUACGGAAAACAAUGCCUGUGGAGGAAAAGUCUCUGUUUCUUCUAUGGAUACUGAAAUUCGAACUCCAUUCCAUAACAAGCAUAGUAGUGCCAGUAUAAGAGGCUGUACCUCCGCAUCACCAAUUAGUGGAAGAGCUAAUACUGUUUUAGCUGACCUUACAAACAAUAGUUGUGGCAAAGAUUGGAAUUUAAGUUCUGGAGACAAGUCGGAAAGUGUUAAAGAGGCACGCAAGUUUAGAAGGUUGUGCAAAGUCGGGGAUCGUUGGAGAAGUAGGAAUCGAGAAAACGUGACAAAUAAUGUGGGGUCAACAAGAAACCUUGCUAGAUCAUUUUCUAAAACUGGUUCACUCCAUUCGAAGCACAAUAGAGGUAAAAAGAAUUCAAUUGAUGAUGUAAGGGCCUUCAUCGAGGAGGAAGCUGAGGUAUCUUCAGAAGCUGGUAUGUCUGAUGAUGAGGAAGAUGAUCAAGACAACUAUUCAAAUGAUAGUUUCAUAGAUGACAGAAUAAAUCCUACAGCUGCGGCUACUCAGUCUGCAAGUGGUGGAAAUGAUAUGAUGGCAAUAUACAGGCGUUCAUUGCUCACCCAAUCACCCAUGGGGAGGCAGCCAGUUAGUUCUGCGGUAUAUUCACCUGAUUCUGUGGCAGCGACAACGAGGACAACCGAAACUGGAAGUUCCUGUGGCAAAACAUCGUUCUCUCUCCAAACGCCCCUAAGUGACGGUACAAAUCAAUCAACCAGGAUGGAUUCAAAGUCCUUGGAAAUGAACCGGGUAAGGGUAGACAUACCUUGUACCGGUGGUGUUUCCCCAGAAUACGAGAGAGAUGUUGAAAGCCGCAAAAGAAAAUUGAGCUGUCAUCAUUCAAGAUAUCCUGCAGUCAACUUGGAGCGAGAAUUCUCGCUCGAGUCAGAGGCUGCAGGCAGAGACUUGCAGCGCAUUGAUGCAAACGAUGACAUGCUUGACGAUCAGUUUUUCGAGGGUCUUGAUCUUGACGCAAUGGAAGCGCAAGCUACAUUGCUUCUUAAACAGAAAACAGAAGCGCCAAGGCCGCAGGAGCAGCUUCUGGUUCCCAAGUUGUUCGAGCCGACAUUUGAUCUUGGUAUAUAAUAAACUUACAGGAAACACAUCUAACUGAUAUUGUUUCUCACUAAUUGAGAUUGUUUAUCCAUGAUUGGUUGCAAUUUA